AUGACUUCCUACGCUCGCGCUACCACUAAAACAACGGACACCGCAACUGAUGCAACUGAAAAUACAAUUUCAACUACAGGCAAUAUUAGUAUCAUAACUGAAAGUAAAAAUACCGGUGCUGUUACAACCGAUAUCAGGAAUGAUUCAGUCACUUCCAUUACUGUUAGUGAAGAUAUCAACAUGGAAUCUACCACAUUAGCAACCUAUACGACUGUUGUCAGCACUCCGACAAUAAAUUCAACUACCAUUCUUGCAACAACCGAUGCGAUGAUGAGAUCUGCUGCGUGGACGAUUUCUACAAACGCUGAAAACACAGCGUCAACCACUCACACUACUGCUACUAAUACACAAACCACGACUCGAACUACAGGCAGUACCAGCACCCUAAAUGGAAGUAUAAAUUCGAGUGCCACUGGCACUGAAACUACCGCUGAUUCAAUCAAUUCAAUUAUUGUCAAUACGGACCUAAAUACAGAAUUCACAACAUCAGGAACCGAUACAACUGUUUCUGACACUGAAGCUAUUGAUUCAACCAUUUUUCGUAUAAGCACCGAUGAGAUUAGUAGCUCUCCAACGUGGAUGACUUCUGCAAUCACUGAAAAGACAACUUCGAACACAGGUACUACUGCUACGAACGAAUUAAAUUCCACUCAUACUACCGUCAGUGUUAAUACCAUGAAUAAAAGUAUAUUUUCAAGUGCGACUACUACAAUCGAAAGCACCACUGUUUCAAGCACUUCAACUGUUUUAAGCACAGAUAUCUACAUGGAUUCUACUUCAUCAAAAACUGAAACGACUUUUGUCACCACGGCAACUAUAAAUCCAACUAGUGUUCUUACUAAUACAAAUCAGAUGAUUAUGUCUACAGAAACUGAAAAUGAACCCACUACUACAGGCAUUGCUGCUCCUAACAAAGACACUUCCAUUCAAACUACAGUCACUGCUAGUACUAUAAAUGAAAGCGCAAUGCCAACUGGAGCUAGUAUCGGAAGAAGUACUGUUUUGAGCACUUCAACUAUUUUUAGUACCAAUUUCAACGUGGACUCUACUUCAUCAACCGUUCAAACUGCUGUUGUCGGCACUAAAGCUAUCGAUUUAAGUACUGUUCGUAUAAACAUUGAUGAGAUUAUUAGCUCUACCAAGUUGACGUUAUCUACAAACACAGAAAACGCAACUGCUGCCACUGACACUACUGCUACCAACAGAGAGCUAGCAACUCAAAGUAUAAGCAGUCUUAAUACUAUAAAUGAAAGUACAAUUUCAAGUGGAGUUACUAUUGAUAGCACUGAUGUUUUAAGCACUUCAACUUAUUUCAGUACAGGUACCAACAUGGACUUCGGAUCGUUAAGAACUGAAUCGACUUUGGUCGGCACUGAAGCUAUGAAUCCAACUACUGUUCUAACUAGCACCAAUCAGAUGAUAACAUCUACUUCUAGGUCGACUUCUAUAAAUGCUGAAAAUGGAGCGACAAUCACGGACACUACUACUACUACCAGCAAAGCUGCAUCGAAUCAAGCUACAGUUAGUGCUAGUACCAUAAAUGAACAUGUUAUGUCAAAUACAAUUAUGAUCGGUACUACUACUAUUUCAAGCGCUUCAACUAUUUUUAGUACUAAUAUGAACACGGACUUGACCCCAUUAAAAGUUAAAACGGCUCUUAGCAGCACUGGAACUGCCAAUUCAACUAGUUUUGGCAUAAGUACCAAUGAGAUGAGUGCGUCUACAACGUGGAUGGUUUCUGCAAAAGCUGAAAAUGUAACUUCAACGACUAGUGCUCCCAUUGUAAAGAUAGAAAGUAGCCCAUCAGCUAGCGAUAGUAAUCCUACUUUUACUGAAACAAUUAAUUCAAUCACUAGUCAACCUCGCAUCGUCACUCAAACCAAUAAUGCAGCGGCUGUCGUUACCAGCAUCGCAGACAUUAAUACUCCCACUACGAUGUCGUCUUCUACAACAACUGAGGGUACAUCUUCAAGCUCUGACACUACUUCUAUCAACACUGAAGCCAUUAUGUCAACAACUGAGAUUGGUAUUACUUACAUUAAAAAUAAUGCAUCAGCUCGUGCUGCUACUACUGGCAUGGUUGAAAAGACGAAUUUCAUGAGUGAUGCUGUUUUCACUACAACUGAAAGUUCCACUUGGCGAAAUAGUACAAUUGUGACUUCCAACGAAGUUAGCAGCGUAGUUUUUGAAAGCAGUUAUGCCACUGAAACUACUGGUAGUGGUACUAUUAUUAAUGAAAUUGGCAUUCCAUUUUCUGCUAGCACUAUUUUGAUUUCUGACAUGACUACUACAAGUAGUGAGGCGACGGUAACGGCUGAUGUUAGUUCUGCUUCCUCGAUUGAGUCUACGACUGUAACAAGCAGUAGUACUAUCAACACAAGCAAAUCUAACAUUUCAAUUGCCACUACUACUUUGACCUUCACUGCACCUACUAAUACAACCACUGAUGCGGCAACGCUAAAAACUGGAACUAUCAGCGGUGAAACUACGAUAGUUAGCGCUUAUCGAAACAAUAUCACCGUUGAAACUACAGCUGCUGUCAGUGUCAAAACUAACCCCGCCACUGAAAUUAUUAAUUCCGCUGCACAUAAUACCACUGUCAUUAGUGAUAUCAUACAUUCAAGUGCUUCUACUGACACUUAUAGCAUGGAAUCAAUCAGUUCUGCCAGUGAUAUGACAACUGGCAUUAGUGGAAACAUCACAUCGACUACUCCUGGUGUUGCUAUCAAUCCUGAAGCUACCAGUUUAAGUUCUGAGUCGGCUAUUAACAUCACUGUUAAUACAACCACAAACACUACUACCGACGGCGCUAAUACAAUCACACCAUUUAUGACUGCAAAUACAAACAAUUAUGAAACUAUCACUUCAUUUCUUGCUACUAGUGCUACCAACACAGGUUCUAGAAUUUCAGUUGUGGAUACAAAGAUUGCAAUUAUCGACUCUAGUACUUCAAGUACUGCUACUACCGCUUCAACGAGUCGCAGUACAGUUAUGACCACUGACUUUACUACUUCUCGCACUGAUACAAAAUUUAGUGUCAUUCAGACUAGUAGUUCACCUAUUGGCAUGACUACUACGACAACUGAAAGUGUUAACUCAAUUAUUGGCAGUAGUCCUAUCAACAUGAAAACUAGCACGUCGAUCAUCGGUUCGAGUACUAAAACCACUGAAGCAAAAACAACAAUGACUGACGGUAUUACUGCUAACAUUAGUACCAUCACUUCAACUGCCGUUUUGACUACUGUCAUAACUAAAAAUACGAUUUCAAGUACAACUGCUAGUGUUUCUAACACUGAACCAGCCACUCCCACUACUGAUAUUACUAGUAUCUCGGCUGAGAUUAGUACUUCAAUCACUUAUAGUGGUACUAGCACUACUGAGUCCAUUACUACGACCACCAAAACUGUUAACCUUUCCCAAGACAGAAGCCUAACUACCAAUGAUACUGCAAGUACCAUCUUUUAUUCUUUUGCAACCAUUGCAGAAGUCGAUGGUAUCAUAACUAAAACUAGUGCUUCAACUGCUGAUACAGCUAUCAGUACCGAUCAAAGCAUAAACCUGACAACAGACACUGAGAGUGUCGAUUCAUCUAUUGGUACUACCAGUAUUAUCUUUGAGAACACCACCGCUUCCAAAGAAGCAGCAGUAACAACUAUUGGAAUUACGUCCAACGACACUGAUACAACUACAACUAACGCUGAAUCCAAUACGUUAGCUAUUGCUGCAACAAUAAUCACAUUCGAAACAGGCACUGUAACAACUGGUAUAACUACUAUGCCAGUUAAAAAAGGCACUUCAGUUAUUUUCGCUGGAAGUACCAACACUGAAACUACAUCUUCAACUAUGAACACUACUACUAAUAUUAUGGAAAGCAGCAUUUUACAUAUUGCUACUACUGCUGCAACAACCACUGAAAUUACGACAUCAUUUAAUCACACGACAUCGAGCAGAACGGAAACCACAGCUUCAGCUGAUGUUACUACUGCCAAUCGCAAUGAAACUGUCGCUUCAACUAUUGAUAUGCCUGUGAUCACCGUAGGAAAUACGACUUCGACUUCUAAUACCAGCAGUGCUACGAGUGAGAAUGCCACUUCAUCUGAAGAUACAACUAGUAUUUUCAUUGAGAAUACGACCACUUCCAAGGAAACAACAGCACCGACGAUGAGGAUUGCGUCUACGAGUAUUGAUACAACUACAAAUGUCAUGAAAACUAGUACUACAGCCACUGAAACUAGCAUAUCAUCUAUUGAUGAUAUAACAAUCACAGUCACAACAACCACGUCAACGGCAGCUACAACUACUACGACUAUUGAAAAUGAAACUUCAACUAUUGAUGACACUACUGUCACCAGUAAAACUCCCGCUUCAACGACUGAUAGUAGUACUACGAUGACUCAAACUAGCACAUCAAUGGCUGCUACUACAACCGUCGCUGAAAUAACUUCAAGUAUUACCAUUACUAGCAGAACUGAGACUACGACUACAUCUACGGAAGGAAAUACAUUUAUCAUGGAAAUUGCGAGUCGUGCCGAUGCUAUCACUCCAACAAUUACAGAAACUGUUAUGACAACUCAUGAAACUAGCAAUUCAAUUACUAUUACAGGUGCCAUGACUCAUGAAGCUAAGACUUCAACUAAUGAUAAUAAUACCACCUACGAAACUAUCACUUCAGCCAUUGAAGGUAUCAGUUCAGCUGCUGAUACUACUAUUAUUAACACUGAGACCGCGACCAAUCUGUUUGAAACAAAUACGAGCACUAGGAGAACUGUAACUACUGCCGCUGCGACUACAGAUAGCAUUAUAGGAAGCACUGCUGGCAUUUCGACCGAUAAUGCCACUACUACUAUCUAUGGAACUACGAUUCCAACUACUGUCAGUAGUACUAUUAUCACUAAGGCGAUCACUUUAAUGACUGAUCCAAAUGUUAUCACUAGUGAGAAUACCACGCCAACUGCUGCUAUUGUUACUACCACAAAGGAAUUUACUGCUUCAACUAAUGACACUACUACUACCGUCGUUGAACCUGUCAAGUCAACUAUUGUAGCUACUACUUGGAUCGCUGAAGUUAACACUUCGCGCAACGAACAUACUGUUAGCACAACUGAAUUUACUGUUUUAAUUACCGAUAUGAUUAGCAUCACAAAUAGAACUAUACCACGACAACGACAACAACAACCACAACAACGACAACAACAACCACAACCACAACAACAACAACAACAACAACAACAACAACAACAACAACGACAACAACAACAACAACAACAACGACAACCACAACAACGACAACAACAACGACAACGACAACCACAACCACAACAACAACGACAACAACAACAACAACGACAACAACAACGACAACGACAACCACAACCACAACAACAACGACAACAACGACAACGACAACAACAACAACGACAACCACAACAACAACAACAACCACAACAACAACAACGACAACUACAACAACGACAACCACAACUUCAACAAUAA